AUGAUGCACAUAAACAGGAUUAAAAUUGCUGUACUACUUAGAAGUGGAAAUUCAUUAUUAAAAAAGAGAUUUAUUUUUCCUCAAACAUAUUCUACAUUUAUUAAAAGAAACAAUGAAAAAGAUAAACUUGAAAAUGAUGAGAAUGACAAACCUAUAAAAUUCUCAACAUCAAAAGCAGCAACACAUCCUGCUGCAUAUACCAUUGCUCGUGCAAAACAAUAUCCAAAGUGUCAACCUGAUAUUAUUAGUUUAUGUAUCGGUGCAUUAUUAAUAUACUUUUGUGUGUUGAGAGAAGAAAAUGAUAUUGAUGAAGCUAUAGUUGCAAGUAUGUCACCAGAAGUUUUAGAGCAAAUAUAUGGAAAACAGGAAAAAACAAAACAUAAAAAUUAA